UCCAAGUGAUCGCGUUAGAAAUGAAAUCUGUUUUGAGAUCCAACCAAAGAAUUUGUCUGUGUUUUCAGGUGUCACAACUCGACUUACUCCACAUCUGAAUGUGAUGACGUCCCCAGUUGAAGUAAGUCUUCCAUCGUGAAAAUGUUGAUCUUUAAAACAUUUUGUCCAUCUACAUAUUUGUUGGUGCUCGGAACCACCUUUGUUAGAGGGGCUCUAGGUUGCCCCCCAUCAGAGUACCCAGUUGGAGAUAAGUGCUGUCCUAAAUGUGAUCCAGGAGCCUUCGCGAAAAGAAACUGCACGGACACCAGGACCACCACCUGUAGUCUCUGUGACGAAGGAACAUUCACGAGUGAUUAUAAUGGAGAAAUAGAAUGCUUUGCAUGUACAGUGUGUAGUCCAGACUUGGGUCUAAAGACUCUGACCCCAUGCACAGUGGUGCAGGAUACAACAUGUGAACCUCUGGACGGAUUCUUCUGUAUAAACAGGACAGAGAACCACUGUACAGCAGCACAGAACCACACGAGGUGUCAACCAGGACAGUACAUCAGAAAUAAUGGAACAGCAGCCACAGACACUGAGUGUUCUGACUGCACUUCUGGGACAUUUUCUGAUGGUACAUUUACUGUCUGUCGGCCACACACACAGUGUGAACACAGAAGCCUUUCUACAGUAACAGAAGGAACAACUUCAACUGAUGCUCAGUGUGGGAAAAACAAUGUCCCGGCAGUUUUUCUAAUAGGAUCUUUAAUACUGUUUAUUUUAAUAGUAGGAGAUAUAGUUGUUGUUCAGUGGAGGAAGAAAAAAAGAAAAGUAAAAGAAUUCAUUGAUCACGCAUGUUGUUUUCAGGAGUGCACAGCUGAAAAUAAAAAGAAUUAUGAGGAGCAAGAACGUAACGAAACAGAAGGUGAGACAUUGACUGACAGUCUGUCUUCAUCACUGUCCUCAAUUUAUUUACAGAGCUGUUUUUUUUCUGUUUACCAAAGGACAAUCCUUAAAAGAUGAAACAUCAGGAGUGACGAACCAUUCAGAUAUUGUGUGAAACACCUGAGAGGUCACACUGUCCUGUGGAUUGACCUUGUUCUUGACUGGAGUUUCCUGAAGUAACAUUGUUGAAAAUCUUCUCUGGACUUUGAGAUCUUUCCUGGAUUUCUGUAUGUGAGGAAUUCAACCCUGACCACUGGUUGUUGUUGCCUGGAUUCUCUGAUCUGAUCAACAUGUUCCACUGCUGAUGCAUUUCAUGAGGUGAAACUCCAAACAUAAAGAUCGCUGUGGAAUCAAAGCAGGGACCAUGUUCCUGUGAGGACAGGUGCUGUACCAACAUUUGCCACUGUGUGGCCUUAGAGUGGUACAUGAAAUGUUACAAAAGGACCCUAUAAUGCGACUAUGAGGACCAACAUGUUUGACCUUUGAGAAAAUGUCACAUCCAGUUGCCUAACAGAACUCUUCAACCUCCUUGACCAUGACCUGGAUGAGAAUCUUCAUAGACAAAAAACUCAAAUAAACGAGGAUAGAGACUUUUUUUCUACAUUUUUGGAGAAAAAGUAUAAAAUACCAUUGUUGAAUUCAGUGAAAAUAACAACAUGAACUUGACUUUUUCACUGUAAGAAGGUUGUACAGGUUUAGGAUGAUUUGAAAACUGCACUGAUUACAGAAAUGAAUCACCAUCAACAACUAAGUUCACAUUUUUAAACCUUCAAUUUUCAUAGGCCGUCCUUUCAUCACCUGCUUCUGUAAAAACUAGAUUGGUUCUAUUUGACAACUACAAAAACUUGAAUAAUCACCUCACUUCUUUAUGAACCAUUGACAUGUCACAGGACAUAACUGAAACUGUCUUGUGUCAAUGUUGUUUCUGGUCAAUUUCUUGGUUUCUUCAGAUUUAAGGUCUAGACCAGUUCUCCUACACUGGCCCAGCUUCCAGGCCCAUCAUAACCUCAUAAAGACGAGCAGCAAACAAAUUGAGGAGAAUUUCCCACUUCUCUGAUUUAUUUAUUGGAGAGAUUCUGCAGCUCAAACCAGAGAUGGAUGGUUUCCAGCAUGAUGAAGUGAGACACUACUGUGAUGUCCUCAGGUCUUGAAGACAUGUUCUGGAGCAUUCUGGGGGUUCAUCUUUGACCAAAAAUUCUUUUUGACAGCGUUAUGCUUUUACAUUCUAACACAUCACUGGACAAAACUGACUCAGUUUCAUGUCCUCAGCAUUGAACAUAUCCAUGUUUCCCACAGUGUUAUAAUUAGCAUGUGUUAAUAGUGUUCAUGUUCUCUAUGAUGUGAAAUGUUGGGUGUCAAGAACAUUACAGGGGUACUAUCUCCACCUACUGUUAUGGAGUCCAAAGAUAGUGACACAUAUAAGUGUUAGCUUAUCCGCUUUCCAUGGUAAAUAAUUUUGAUCUUAAUACGAAUAAUAACACUGACAUGUAUAUCUCUGGUUAUCUGUCUAUUAGAUGAAUAGAUCUCUAAGAUUCUCUGGUCAGCAGCUGAAGAUUGUAACGCUAAACUUUCAAACAAAGAGCCGACCUACCUCAUCAAAUAUUAUUGCAUAUCUAGACUGUAGAGAUAAUCUUUGCAGCACCAGCCUAAUCUGACCUUGAUGGGUUUGACAAGCUUUGUUCCAGUCUCUCAGAGACACACCACCUCCUCUGCUACAACCAUGGACCUUCGUCUCCCUACUAUACCCUGAACAUGUUAGAGCUGAAAUAUGUGACGGCAAUAUUGUGAUACCAAAUACUGCUGCCUGGUAAUGGUUUUACAAAACAGGUUACACAUGCUUUGUAAGUUUCUAUCAUAUGUAAAUAAAGAAUCAAUUAUGUUC